AUGACUGCUCGCUGUUACGACUACAAAUACUGUGGUGCUAUGGAUGAUGGUGAAACGGGAACGUUCAAGCUCACUGAAAUAACGGGGAGCCCGAGAAUGGAAAUACAUCAAAAUCUUCAGAUGCACCCAACGCCGUUCCAGCACCAACAGCAGGCACUGAGCAUCCGCACGUCUUUUAGUUCAUCCACACUGCCCGUGUCUUCCAAACACAGAGGGAAAUUUAUAAACCUACGCGAUAGCGUAAAAAAGAGCCCUACAAAAAGCACGGCAAAAGUAAAAGCUGCGAGCGGGUGGUUGUCUGACGGCUCGUGUUCUAACUGCUCUUUAGAAAAGGUGGGUAUUGCAUUAGGUGUCUGUAGGGGUGCGUUUUCGAUGCAAACUGCAGAAAGAUACUUUAGUGUAUUUUUUGGAGAGUUCCUAAAAAUUACAAAUGUUUCUUUAAAAUUCCUGGAAACUGGAGCAUUGAAAGUGAUAUGCCGAUCUAUUGGAGCUUCUGUAGCUGCUUUCACAGACACCUGUACCCCCACAGAAGCUGUUCCUUCCUCUUCUCCCAUUGUCCCUGUGAUCCCUGUCCCACCAGUCCCUGCUGAGACCACUGUCAUCCCAUCCACCACACCACAGGCAAAUCCCCCUCCAGUGCUGGUGAACACAGAUUCUUUGGAGACUCCAACAUACGUCAAUGGCACGGAUGCAGAUUACGAGUAUGAAGAAAUUACUCUUGAAAGGGGAAAUUCAGGACUUGGCUUUAGCAUUGCAGGUGGUACAGACAACCCACAUAUUGGGGAUGAUUCAAGUAUUUUCAUUACAAAAAUCAUAGCUGGUGGUGCAGCUGCACAGGAUGGAAGAUUACGGGUUAACGAUUGUAUUCUACGAGUAAAUGAGGUGGAUGUUCGUGAUGUGACACACAGCAAAGCAGUUGAAGCAUUGAAAGAAGCAGGAUCGAUUGUACGAUUGUAUGUCAAAAGAAGAAAACCAGUCACAGAAAAAAUAGUGGAAAUCAAACUUGUAAAAGGCCCUAAAGGUCUUGGUUUCAGUAUCGCUGGUGGUGUAGGAAAUCAGCAUAUACCUGGAGACAACAGCAUCUAUGUAACCAAAAUCAUCGAAGGUGGGGCAGCACAUAAAGAUGGCAAACUUCAGAUUGGAGACAAACUUUUAGCUGUGAACAGUGUUUGCUUAGAAGAAGUUACUCAUGAAGAAGCAGUGACUGCCUUAAAAAACACAUCUGACUUUGUUUAUCUGAAAGUUGCAAAACCCACAAGCGUGUUCAUGAAUGACAGUUAUGCCCCUCCUGACAUCACAAACUCUUAUUCUCAGCCAGUGGAUAACCAUAUCACUCCUUCUACCUACUUGGGACAGUCCCUGCCCCCAGCAUCACCAGGGCGAUAUUCACCAAUUCCCAAGGGAAUGCUUGGAGAUGAUGAAAUUACCAGGGAGCCUAGAAAGGUUGUUCUGCAUCGAGGAUCAACAGGUCUUGGUUUCAACAUUGUUGGAGGAGAAGAUGGAGAAGGAAUUUUCAUCUCUUUCAUCCUUGCGGGAGGGCCAGCUGACCUGAGUGGAGAGCUUAGGAAAGGAGAUCGUAUAAUUUCUGUAAAUGGAGUAGAUCUGAAAGCAGCAACCCAUGAACAGGCAGCAGCAGCCCUGAAGAACGCAGGCCAGGCAGUGACUAUCGUAGCUCAGUACCGUCCAGAAGUUUCUUAUGGUUCAGAUUUCAGCAGUGGCGAGGG